CUGAGCCAAAGGUACAGCGGCAGCACAGUGCGUCGAGCGGAGAGAUGGAGGCAGAGCUGACCGGCUCUGAGCGCGCAUAGAGCGGGGAGGAGGACAUCAGAUGACGAGGGAAUAACCAUGUUUGAUCUCGAAUAGACCUCAUCUCCACCGAAGAGCCGGGAUCGCCUCAGAGACACCGGCUAGCGCCAUGAAACCAGUCCUGCAUUGAGCCUCUCCUCGGUGGGUUGGCAUGGCCCAGUGAUGAACGGAGCGGUGGUGCCCGGUAGCCCGGAGCUCUCCUCGUGCCCACUGCCUGACUGGCGAGAGUUCUGUGAGCUCCAUGCUCGAGCCUCCGCUGCAGACUUCGCUGACAAGUUCCAGCGCUUCCUGUCGGAGAACCCGUGCUACGACUCGCCGGGCGCUGAUGUGAGCUUCUCGCAGCACUUUGCCCAUCACUUCCUGGAGUGCUUCUCUGCAGCCUUGACCCAGGCCCGGGAGAACCAGGCGUCCUCGCCGGGGGAAGACGGCUCCAACACAGCGCCAAAGUACAGCAUUGUUCCUUUCCUGGGAAUCCAGGGCUGCCCACUGUCCUACGGUCACGACCUUUACCAGAGACGCAAGGACGCCGGGGCUUCAAGUGAAUCCCUGGACAGUAUGGACAGCGGAGGGGGAGGGAUAGAUGGAGGAGGCAGCGGCACCACCACCUCCCGAGGCCCCCAGCCGACCCACAAGGUGUCUGCUCUGGGACAGUCCCGCAGCUCGGAGGAUGUUUCGGUCAGUCACCCAAAGGCUCGCUUCAAGAAGGGCUUCUCCCUCAGAAACAUGAGUCUGUGUGUGGUGGACGGGGUGAAGGAGAUGUGGCACAGACGGGCCUCCCCUGAACCUGACGGCCCCUCAGGAGCCAGGAAGGCUAACGGGGGUGGGGGAGGAGGAGGAGGGGAGGCUGCAGGGACAGAGAAGUGGUCCCAAAAGCUGCGGCUUCCCAGGGGUUCCCAGGGCCACAAGGCUGAGAUGCUGGAAAUCCAGAGGGAGGGAGCGCUGAGGUACAUGGUGGCUGAUGACACAAACUGUAUGGGCGCUGCACAGUGGCAGAAGUGCCGCCUGCUGCUGAGGAAGACGAAGAGGGAGGAAGGAGGCGAGAGGUUCCUGCUGGAGUUCUAUGUACCACCCAAGUCCUCAAAGUCCAAAGUGAGCAUCCCUCUGUCAGCCAUCGUGGAGGUGAGGACCACCAUGCCGCUGGAGAUGCCCGACAAGGACAACACUUUUGUUCUUAAGGUGGAAAACGGGGGAGAGUACAUCCUGGAAACCAUCGACUCGCUGCAGAAAAACUCCUGGGUUGCUGACAUCCAGGACUGCAUAGACCCCGGCGACAGCGGCGAUGACAUCGAGCUGGCGUCGUGUCCUCACGGCCAGGCCUCCAAAGACUGCUCCAUGGUGGCCUCUUGCAGCUGCGAACUGCUGUCUGAGGGUGUGUAUCGUGCUCCGGAAAGGUCGUGUCCGACAGCUGCAGAGCAUUACAGCGCCCCCUCAGUCCGUUGCAGGGAACCCCCUUUCACCCAGCACCCAUCCCACAUGCCUUUAGAGCGCUUCCUCCAGUCCCCAGAGGCCCAGGGCUCCAACUCCUCUGGAGGCGGCAGUGAAGGAGCGAAAGAGUCAGACGGCGACGCCAGCCUGGCGGGUUACCCAUGGUUCCAUGGUACCCUGUCCCGCGUGCGUGCGGCUCAGUUGGUGCUCGCAGGCGGGGCCAGGAGCCACGGGCUCUUUGUGAUUCGUCAGAGCGAGACACGGCCGGGCGAAUAUGUCCUCACCUUCAACUUCCAGGGCAAAGCAAAGCAUUUGCGUCUGUCAGUGAAUGAGAACGGGCAGUGCCACGUGCACCACUUGUGGUUCCACACCGUGUCGGACAUGCUGAGACACUUCCACACCCACCCCAUCCCCCUCGAGUCUGGAGGCUCUGCUGACAUCACAUUACGCUCCUAUGUACAAGUGCAGCGAAGCUCCACCGCAGAUGUGACCGUGCCUCCAGUCCUCACCCCACCCAGGGAUGCAGGCUGCCGGACAGACUCAGCCCAGCCAGCUCUCCACCCUCCUGGGAUCACAGCGACUGCAGGGCCCCCUCCUGACGCCCCGCUCUCCUCGAGCACCUCCUCCUCACCCACCGCCCUUCCGUCCCUCUCCCGCAGUGACCCAGGUACAGGAGGAGGAGGAGUGGGUGGAGGGUUACAGAGCCGGAGCAACAGCUCUGAACGCCUGCUGGAGGCCUCUAGUGGUGCAUCAGAGGACUACCACGACCCUGAUGGGACUCGCAGGGCCCGAGCAGUGGAGAACCAGUACUCUUUCUACUAAACAAGCCAGGGCAGUGUUCAGUCACGUACUCUCUGGGUCGGAUGAGAUUCAGAAAGUUGGAGGUGACAUGGGACAAUGGGAAAACGGUCCAACGCACUGGAUCACCCAUUGUUUUUGUUUGUUUUUGUUUUAAGGCAAUUUCCUGUUUCUCUGAUUUGAGAAGGGAGGUGAGAUCAGUGUGUCCAGUCACACUGUUAUAUCCCUCUGCAGCCCGGUGGCGUCUUUUUUUAAACAGUGAAGAGAGAGACAGAAGGCCACCGGUGGAAAUGGAGGAGAGGAGAUCUGGAUGUGGAAAAAGCAGCAGUGAAGAAGAGCACAGGGGGAGAAAGCAAGAGGAAGUCAUCCAGUGGAGUCGUAUGGCUUUGAUUCACAUCCCCUGACCACUUCCUGUUCAUCUUUACCCACAGUUCCCUGGGAGCAGAGCCUGUGUCACCACCCUGCUGAAGGGUUGAAAGACUGAAACGACCCUGAAGAAACAGCCCCUCCCCUCAGAGCUCCCGAGAGCAUCCCAUUAAUGUUUGUAAAGCUGCUUUGAGUCUGUCCCGGAUAUCCUCGCCGUCCCUGCAGGGUUUCCCUACAAAGUCCUGCUCUGGGGCUCUGCUGCACACUAACAUCAGUGCAGCCAUCACGGGCGUGUUAGUGUUAGCUCGGAGAUGUUUUUUUUAAACGUGUACAGCCUAAAGGGUCUCAGUGCCUGACAGUUUCCUUGGACUUGAACAGACUGUUGCCCAUAGCGACGAAGAGGAUGCACAUCUUGCAUAAUCACAACGGCCCAAAAAUUAAAUGCAGGUGAUUACUUUACCAUCAGUUUCUGCUCAAAACAUACAGAACGUGCAUAUCUCUGCACACUGAAAUGCUUUUUCUCCCCAUGGCUUCAUGGAUGGCUGCAGCAUACACACAGGUGGUCACAUGUCACAUGUUGAAAUGGAAGAUGAACGAGUUCAGCCUGCAGAAAUGUGGCAGGGUGGCUCCCAUUUUGCUGUCAUACUGGGUUAUUUCUAUGAGUGUGUGGUGGUGUAUUAGAGUCCAAAUAUUUUUCAAUCGGUGUGCUACAGUAGUGUUUCUAAAACAUGGUUUUCGGGGUCCCUCCAUCUGGUGCUGGUUCUGUAUUCAAGCUUAUCAUAUCAAUAACCUGUAGAUUAGAUAUGCUGUUAAUAUAGGAGUUCACUUUGAAGUAAUGCCUUUAAGAUAUUAUUAUACCAAAUCCAGCAUUUAUCGGAGGGACUGGGGACUUGUUUUUUAGAAAGGUGGCAGUAUUGCGUACUGUUUGUGCAGCCUGGUGUAGACUGGAACAGUACAGGCAGUAAGGUAAAGGGUACUAGAUGGCCAUGCUUGAAUAGAAAGAUGUGACAUUGCUGCUUUAUUUUUAACGCAGAGUACUGAUCCUCAGCUUUGUAACAUAGCCUAGUAAUAAAAAGGCUAGAUUUCGCACAACAAAAUGUUCAUGUUAGCAUAAGAACAACACCAUAGUCCUAGACAUUCAGUGAAAUAGUAAAUAUCAGUUUAAAUGUCCUCUUAAAGAAGUUUAAAAUUCGGGAAAUGCAUUUAUUUGCUUCCUCGACAAGAGUUAGAAUAAAUGAGAACAGUGAGGCCAUGUGAGAGUGGUGUCAAUGUUCUGUUCCAUCUCUUGGCAAAGCAGUGAAUACUAGCAUACCUCCCCAAAUACACAAACUUGUCUUUAACAGCAUGGUAGACACACCUGAGAACACAAAUGGCUCUCAGCGACUGUAUUUCAAACAUAUGCAACACUUUCGUUCAGCGGGACUAAACAUAUCAAGAGUCGACGUCUGUCUCUUCAAGCGUGGCCGUUUAGCUUCGGAGGUGACGUUUCACCAGACGGAGCAGUUCAUGUGCCAACUCGAAUCCUAUUUUUGAAACAUAUUUAUUCCUCAGCCGUUGUAAAUUACAUUUUUCCUAUCAAGUCUUAUUUAUGUACAAUUGAUUGAUUCUUCUUGAUGAAAACAUCCUCAGUGGAAUGUGUCCGUCGCAAGAGCCCAUCUCACAUAUCACAGAUUGCUCAUGUCUCCCUUUUAUUUUCUUAACACUUCUUAAAGCUAAAUUUUCUGUUGUCUGACUGAGUUUUGAAGAGUCUGUGCAAUUUUGUACAAAGUGAUGUACUUGACAUACUACUUUAUAUUUCUGUGAAUAAAAUGUGAACAAGC